GGGUAAAAGGACUGGUUCACGUACCAAAACUCACCCCGUAGUCCGUAGUUGUUGGUUGACGAUGCGAAGGGGAUAUCGUGGGGUUCUCGGGCGUCUAAUCUGAAGAACCUGUCGACUAUCGCGACAGGCUCCUCGAUUUAAGAGAUGAUCGUGCGCGCGCUGAACCGCAAUGUAAACAGAGCGUUUUGCCGCUCUACCGCCAAGAAAGUUGUCAGCUCCAACUCCGAUGCGAGGAGAGAGUCGAGCGACGGCGCGGUCAAGGAUUGGAGGGCGGAGCUGCACGACACCAUGAAGGUCCUGCCGGAUUUUGUCAGCGAGAGAGAGGAGGAGGUCAUGGUGCGGGAGGUCGACCCUUACAUGAAACGGCUGCGCUACGAAUACUCGCACUGGGACAAUGCGAUACACGGCUACAGAGAGACCGAGUGGAGGAAGUGGAGCGAGGAUAGCUCGCGGAUCCUCGACAGAGUCCGCAGGGAGGCGUUCCCGCCGGAAACGUUGCACCUCUCGCUCGUGCAUAUACUGGACUUGGCUCCCGAGGGAUGGAUAAAGCCGCAUAUCGACAGUGUCAGGUUCUGCGGGGGCAUCAUUGCAGGAUUGAGUCUGCUGAGCGACAGCGUGAUGAGACUAGCGAUGGAAGAGCACGAGAAAGAGCGCGUCGCGUGCUUCCUGUUACCAAGGAGGUCGCUAUACAUCAUGAGCGGCGUCGCGAGAUACAAGUACAACCACGAGAUCCUCAAAUCCGAGGAAUCGUACUUUGAGGGGCGGCACGUACCAAAGGGCAGGCGCAUCUCUAUAAUAUGCAGAAGCGAGGCUGAUCCCGAAGUUACCUAAUGCUGUUUGGAUUACGCGAUCCGGACGGCGCAGUGUAAAAAAAUACCUCUGUAAAUAUUUGAAAUUCACAAACGCAGCUGGGAGCAAGGCAUCGUUAAUAAAGUACAUUGUUCGAAAUCA